AUGGAUGCAGUUGUAUCAGAUCUGAUGUCCCUCUUCCGCGAGCGGAUAGCUGCCCUCACACACACCGGCGACACGGUCAGCAAGGACGAAUUGGGACCAAAUACGCUGUUUUGCAGCUUCGGCAUGAACCUCGCUAUGGUGCUCUCUCCGCCGAUGGGAGGAGUAUCGUUAAAGGACAGUGGGUACGGCGCAGUCUAUGGAGUUGUGUUCGGCCUUCUCUCGCUGGACCUCAUCUGGCGACUGGGGAUCUUGGAGAGGAGCACUGCGACAGAACACAUCACCUUCCUGGCCGCUACCCUAGCGCCACCUCUCCAGGUCUACAACCUCGCAUCUCUCGUCCUCGACAACUCCCGGCGGCCUUUGUCUACGCCUCCAACCGCACUCCUGAUUCCUGACCGUCCUCCGCCUCCACCUCAUGAACCUCCAGUCAGACAACUCUCCUCGCGCUAUCCGACCUUGGCCCUCAUACCAGGCAGCGAAGCGAUGGAAGCUCAAGUUACGGAUGACGAGGAGGAUGUGCACAGAGCAGGGCAAGUCGUGGACACAUCCAAGGUGGAGAUCAAGCGUCCGUCGCUUCCUUUACACCAUGAACAGACGAAACCUGUCUCCGUUAAAGGAGGACUGGACAUCCCAUCUGCCCGCACCUCUCAUCGAUUUCGCCAACCGCCAUCCAGUCACCUUAAGUCAUAUUCCGAGGAGAAAGCAAGGCCGUCGAGCCCAAUACGAAUACAACCUGGAAGAGCAGAGUCUCUAGCUGUGGCAUUGAAGAGCCAGAAGGCCUGGGAGAAAUUGACUGCGGAGACAAAUGCGAAGAUCGCUCAGUACAACCAAAGCUUCAGAGAUUGGAACAGGGAUGGAGAUGCUCUGGAGUCCCGUGUCGCCGCCCUUGAAGCUCAGCUUUCCGAGUCGCUGUCAGACGCUGUCAACUCCCUCAACACCGAGACCUCCGAGCGGAAGCGCCUUGAGGAGGUUUGUGAUCGAUGGCAGAGCAAGUCCGAAGAACAAGAUCGAGCCAUUCAAGACCUACAAACUCAUAUCUCUAAACAAACCGCCGGACGAGCAGGUGCCCACAGAGAACCUCCUGUCGAGUCAUUCCGCUACCUCGAUACUCGUGCACAGCCUCCUUACCCCCAACCCCAGGAAGAGGGCUAUGAUAUUGCUCGAGACCUCAACGACUACCACUGGCGACAACCGACCCCAGCCUCACGCUCAAGGGUCGCUCAGCGCCCUGCCUCCGCUCGUACCUCUACGGCCGAUGAACGUCCCCUGGGAGGAGAUCAAAGUCUGAAGGUCCGCGAACCGCGAGAGUUCAAGGGUGAACGCGACGAUUACCCACAAUAUCGUCAGCAGUUGGUACACUUCAUGAAGGCGAAUGCAUCAGUCUGGCGAAAUCAGGGGCCUGGUAUAUCCCUGACUCUGCUUGCAGACGCAGAUAAAGUGUGGCGCUCCGCUGCCGAAGCUCUCGAAUCUUUCGACAAAGUCUACGCUGAGCGACACCGGGACAAGUCAGCUGAGAUCGAAUAUGAGUCCUCCCCCUCGUCGAACGAUCAACCGAUCCUCCCCAUUGCAGAAUGUCUUCCGGGUGUCACAGUUGCCACCUACAUGGCGGCAAAACCCGUCGGUGCCUCUGACCUGGUGCGGAUGGUGGAGUUCUUCGUUUCCGGAGGCGACCGAAAAUUGCAUAUGCUUACUCGGAACGACCGUCUGACCAACACCUUGUCAAAACACGUCUUUCAACCACGUUUGGCGACGAACAUCCACCUGCCCGAGAACGUCUUGAUCCACGACUUCACACAGAAACUUGACGAGCGUCAGUGGCGAAAUGUCAAUGGUUGUGAACCAGACUCCGACGACGACCUUAUUGACUACUACGAGAAGAAGGAACGCAAGAUUCUCACCAGUGGCUGGCCACCUACCAUCAAAGACGCUAAAGUCAAGGUCGACCUUCAGGCUCGAAAUUCUUGUUUUGACUGUGGCAAAGGCGGAUGCCGACCCGGUCGCCCUGAAUGCAAGCUCACCAAGCAUGAUGAGAAUGUCUCUGCAGUGCAAGAAGACGAUGGAACCUCCGACUCGGGCCAAUCCCACGUUCCCGAUUCUGAAACCGAAUCUGACUAUGCCUCCUCCGAUGAGUCUACCAAUGCGAUGGUCUCACUGAAGACGACACCACCGGUGAGACGAUUUCCUUUAUGGUCCUUGACCCUUGAAAAGGUUGAUCACAUUGUUCUUGACUGCACGGUGGGUACCCGUUACCCAGGAGCACCCCAGGCGAUUAAGGUCCCCUUGACUCAACCCAUUGAGCCCUCGAGGACUAUUACCAGUACUGCCGUGAUUGAUACUAGCGCUACUACUUGCUUCGUCUACAAACGUUUUGUCAAAAACCAGCAAGGCCUGGAAUCGUUCAUGACUCGGCUGCCAAAACCUCGAGCAGCGUCUAUGGCCGAUGAGAGUAGGUCAAGAAUCUCACAUAGUAUCGAACUCGAUCUGGUGAUCGGACAACACAGCGAGCCAAUCGUCUUUACGUGUCGUACCCCGAUUGAACUAUCCCAUGAUCCUUCGUAUGGCCUGGUUACAGAGGCACAACGUGAUCCCAGAUUGGCGAGCACGAUCACUUACUUUCUCUCACACUCGCUGUGA